AUGCAUUUUUCAGUACCUCUACUAUGGCUACCGUUCAGCCUGGCACUGCACAUACCAGAAAACCUUGAACCACGUACCAAGGACACCAAGCCGAUCAGUCAAUAUUCUACAGAACAAGUCAUCGAUCUACUCAACCUCGAACCAUCCACUGAGAAAGGCUACUUUAUUGAAACAUUCAAGGACCCCACGAACGUUGCAGGCACCAAUCGUUCAACCAGCACAGCAAUUUACUACCUACUCGAUGGGGCUGCUGGCCAAUCGCUCUGGCACACCCUGGAUGCAGCUGAAGUUUGGCACUACUACGCAGGAGCACCGCUGAUUUUGUAUCUGUCUCGAAAUGACGGCUCUUGUGUGAGGGAACACGUGCUUGGGUCUGAUCUGUUCAAAGGCCACCGGCCGCAGGCAAUUGUUGCUAGAGAUGAAUGGCAGAGCGCGCGGAGUCUGGGUGAAUGGACACUUGUUGGUACCACAGUCGCACCGGGAUUUGACCCCAGCGGACAGGUUCUUAAGCCAGAGGGAUGGAAGCCAAAGUCUUGCAAGAAGCCUCACUGA